AUGCCUUCUCCAGCAACUCUCUCUGAUCAAGGCUCCAAAGCGCUCAACUCCCAAAACUAUGCUCAAGCGAUUGAUUUGUACACCCAAGCUCUGAGACAAACCCCCGAGUCUCCAGAUUAUUACUUGAAGCGUUCCACUGCUUAUCAACGUUCAUCAAAUUAUGCUUCCGCACUACGUGAUGCCGAGUUAGCUGUUGUCCUUGCCAACAAGCGAGGAAAACGAGAACUCAUUGGUGCCGCCCAGCUCCGCCGAGGGAUAUCCUUGCUUAUGGAAGGAAAGCUAGGGGACGCCGGUUUCUGCUUCAGUGAAGCAGAGAAAAAGGCCAGUAACGACAAAGACAAGAACCUCAUUGGCAUCUGGAAAGGCAAGCUUGAGAUGCAACUUGCCAAAGUAGAUGAGGACGAUAUUACUAGAGAAGUUACCGUGAAGGAGAUCCCCGAUGUGGAAAUUCCCAAAGUGACCGGCGAGAAAAAGGAUGGCCAAACUGGCCUAUCGGAGAAAACAGUUGCCCAGGCUGUAACCCCGCCGAUUUCUCGUCCCAAAGGUGUAGUAACUCCGCCCAGCAAGAUUCGACACGAAUGGUAUCAAACCUCUACCCAUAUCGUCAUUACAAUCUAUGUCAAAGGUGUACCAAAGGACGAAGCUACGGUAGAGAUACAAAACACAUCGCUCUCAAUCGCCUUCCCACUAGCGUCCGGGCCCGAGUUCACCUUCGACCUCGAUCCUCUCUUGUACCCUGUUAAGGCCGACAAGUCAUCGUAUGCAAUCUUACCAACGAAAAUUGAGAUUAAGCUUGAGAAACAAAUUCCGGGACAGAAAUGGGGGGAUCUCGAAGCAUCUGAGGCAACCCAAUUAAUCGGAACAAUUCCACUCCCCACAACGUCUGCAACUCCUACCUCAAUGGCUAAAGUAGAUCUACCGCUUUAUCCCACGUCCUCAAAGUCAGGCCCUAAGGAUUGGGAUAAGGUUGCAAAAGAUCUCACACGCUCUAAAAAGAAUAAGGACAUUAUAGAAGGUGGAGCUAUCGAUACAGACGAGGGUACAGAAUACGAUAGCGAAGCCGAGAGUGGAGAUCCAGUAAACCAUUUUUUCAAAAAGCUAUAUAAAGAUGCAGAUGAAGACACUAGGAGGGCCAUGAUGAAGAGCUACGUCGAGAGCAAUGGAACCGCUCUUAGUACGAACUGGAAAGAAGUUGGAAAAGCUCCCGUUGAAACAAGUCCACCAGAGGGUAUGGUAGCACAUAAGUGGAACAGUUAA